CCCCCUCCCCUCCCGCCGCCUCCCGGCCGGACGAUGGAUCCCUGCAGAUCCCAGGGCUGAGAGCACCGCGCACCGCACCGAGCCCGGGCAGACCGAGCCGAGGCGAGCGAGCCAGAGAGCCAGCGCGCGCGGGCGGGCGGACAGAUCGGAGCCGAGCGGGGCCGGGCGGGCCGCUCCCUGCAGGGCUCUGCGCGGCGUGCCGCGGCGGCCGCGGGCUCCGGCCCCGGGCCAUGAGCCCCUCCGCGACUCGGCGCUGAGCCCGCGACCGGUCCAGCGCCCCAGGACCCGCCGCCGGCUGCCGGCUUGCCGAAGCCCCCUCAGGAUCCCCUCGACAAGGAUGGAACUGAAGGCCGAGGAGGAGGAGGUGGGUGGCGUCCAGCCGGUGAGCAUCCAGGCCUUCGCCAGCAGCUCCACGCUGCACGGCCUGGCCCACAUCUUCUCCUACGAGCGGCUGUCUCUGAAGCGGGCACUGUGGGCCCUGUGCUUCCUGGGCUCGCUGGCUGUGCUGCUGUGUGUGUGCACCGAGCGUGUGCAGUACUACUUCCACUACCACCAUGUCACCAAGCUCGACGAGGUGGCUGCCUCUCAGCUUACCUUCCCUGCUGUCACGCUGUGCAACCUCAACGAGUUCCGCUUUAGCCAAGUCUCCAAGAAUGACCUGUAUCAUGCUGGGGAGCUGCUGGCCCUGCUCAACAACAGGUAUGAGAUACCAGACACACAGAUGGCAGAUGAAAAGCAGCUGGAGAUACUGCAGGACAAAGCCAACUUCCGCAGCUUCAAACCCAAACCCUUCAACAUGCGUGAGUUCUACGACCGAGCUGGGCACGACAUUCGAGACAUGCUGCUCUCCUGCCAUUUCCGGGGGGAGGUCUGCAGCGCUGAAGACUUCAAGGUGAAGCCCAUGCAGGUGGCAAAGGAGCUCAGGCGAUGCACCCUACCAGGAACAGUUUUCCAGGGCACACAGAGGGCAAGAAAGGGCGAGAAACAGGUCUUCACACGCUAUGGAAAGUGCUACACGUUCAACUCGGGCCGAGAUGGGCGGCCGCGGCUGAAGACCAUGAAGGGUGGGACGGGCAAUGGGCUGGAAAUCAUGCUGGACAUCCAGCAGGACGAGUACCUGCCUGUGUGGGGGGAGACUGACGAGACGUCCUUCGAAGCAGGCAUCAAAGUGCAGAUCCAUAGUCAGGAUGAACCUCCUUUCAUCGACCAGCUGGGCUUUGGCGUGGCCCCAGGCUUCCAGACCUUUGUGGCCUGCCAGGAGCAGCGGCUCAUCUACCUGCCCCCGCCCUGGGGCACCUGCAAAGCUGUUACCAUGGACUCGGAUUUGGAUUUCUUCGACUCCUACAGCAUCACUGCCUGCCGCAUCGACUGUGAGACGCGCUACCUGGUGGAGAACUGCAACUGCCGCAUGGUGCACAUGCCAGGGGAUGCCCCAUACUGUACUCCAGAGCAGUACAAGGAGUGUGCAGAUCCUGCUCUGGACUUCCUGGUGGAGAAGGACCAGGAGUACUGCGUGUGUGAAAUGCCUUGCAACCUGACCCGCUAUGGCAAGGAGCUGUCCAUGGUCAAGAUCCCCAGCAAAGCCUCAGCCAAGUACCUGGCCAAGAAGUUCAACAAAUCUGAGCAAUACAUAGGGGAGAACAUCCUGGUGCUGGACAUUUUCUUUGAAGUCCUCAACUAUGAGACCAUUGAACAGAAGAAGGCCUAUGAGAUUGCAGGGCUCCUGGGUGACAUCGGGGGCCAGAUGGGGCUGUUCAUCGGGGCCAGCAUCCUCACGGUGCUGGAGCUCUUUGACUACGCCUACGAGGUCAUUAAACACAAGCUGUGCCGACGAGGAAAAUGCCAGAAGCAGGCCAAAAGGAGCAGUGCGGACAAGGGCGUGGCCCUCAGCCUGGACGACGUCAAAAGACACAACCCGUGCGAGAGCCUCCGGGGCCACCCUGCCGGGAUGACAUACGCUGCCAACAUCCUACCUCACCAUCCGGCCCGAGGCACGUUCGAGGACUUUACCUGCUGAGCCCCGCAGGCCGCUGAACCAAAGGCCUAGAUGGGGAGGACUAGGAGAGCGAGGGGGCCCCCAGCUGCCUCCUCACAUCUGCCCUGGGGACUCCCCACACUCCGGGGCAGAUCUUUCCUCUUGUCUGUGGUAAGGAAGGAGUCUUGACCAUAGAGUCCUCUCUCUGCCUCUAUCCCAUUCUUUUUACAUUUAACAAAACUAAUCUAAAAAAGAACUAAAAAGGGAGAACGGGGCAAGGGACCUCAGGCUGCCCCUCUCUCCUCCAUGCUGCCUCCCCUAGCUCCCAGCCUGAAUUCUGUCUAUCUAGCCGUCUGCCAUCUGAGUGUCCAUCUACAUUCUGCUGCCACCAGUCACCAAAGGCCCUUCCCAGUGAGGGGUGGAAGGGAUCUCUGGGGUCUGGAAUUUGGCCCCAAACCAGAGAAUGUACCUUAAGGGGGAGGGCUAGUGUGGGGGAGGGAGGCUUCCCCAGCCUUAAGAGACCCUCUCAGCCCAGUGACUGUCCCCAAACCCAAGUCUCCUGGCAGGAACUAAAACCUCAGCCCCACUCUCUCACACCAUGUGGAAUCUCGUGGGGGUCGGGGAUCCCCUUAAGAAGUGGUAAUGGGGACAAGAUGCGGCCCUGGUGCUGUAGGCUACAUCCUGAUACCUAUAAGUUCACCCCCACCCCACAGCUGCUGGAGAGAAAUCCCAAGAGGCAGCCCUUCCUCACCAUCCCAUUAAAGACCUGGCUGGUUAGCGUCCAGCUCAGGGAGAAGGGCGCUAGUGCCUAACCUCACUGGUCCCUCUCCCGGAGGCCCUUGUAGAGGGCCACGUCCAUAAAUUUUCUUAUGGAACUCUCCCACAUCCUCUUCCCCAACUUCAUUUGCUUCUCUCAACAACCUCAUCUGCAUUUUCUAUUUCUAUAUGAUACAGACUCUAUAUUGCUAUAUCUCUGUAUAUACUUUCCCAGCCCUGUCUGUCUCCACCCCAUCCCCUCUUGUCUCUGAGAACCAUUCUCCCACCCCAAGUUCCACCUUCUAUGUUUCUACUCCCUCCCUGGUCUCUGAAUGCCUUCGCCUGUAUAAAGAGUUGGACUCUCUCCCCUGGUGUCUGUACUGUGUACACACAUCCCUCUGAGAAGCACAAGGAGACGACACGCGCAUUGUAACCUUUGCACUGUCUCAGUGGCGACAAAGGAAGCUGUGAAUCACAAGCUCUGCCUCUUUCUGGCCUCACCCUGUCCCCCAACCCGGGCAUCCUCGGCCCUCCCUGCAGCCUUAACAUUCUCUUCCCCUGCUCCUCCUAUCCCAUUGCCCCUUGCCCAGCUGACAGUGGCAUCCCCAGGGAAGGGGUUGCUGUAGAGAUAGCCCCCACCCAGGGGAUGGAGGUCUACCCUGGACACUAAGCCAAGUGUGUCAGAGACAGAAGGGAGCUGGGGAUUGGCGACUCCUGAAGUUGGGGCAGUGGGAUGCUGACAGGCAGAAGCUGAGGUCCUCAGUCAGUGGCCUUUCCUCCUUCUGGGUGCCCAGCCCCCUUUCCUCACCUGAUACCCAAGCCCACCACUUUUAUUUUCUGGUGAGGUGGGUUUGGGAGGAAAGAGAGGCCUAGAGGAGGAGUUGAAAGCUCUGCUGUUGUCCCACCCUAUCUUAAUGAGAGACAAGUGAGGUGGAGGGCCUGCCCCCCCUCCCUCCACCAGACACUCCUUCCAGGCCUGAGCCCCAACCCCUUUUCAGGCCUUCCUUCCCUAGCUGUGUCUUGGUCUUCAAUCCCAGAACAGGACCUGUGAGCAGCUGCAUUGGCCUGGAGCUGGAGAGUAAGGCUAUAGGAUCUUUGGAAUCUCUUGGUUCCUAAGAGUUUCCUCAGAGAUCAUACCUCCCCAGAGGGAAGCAGGAAUGAGGCCAAAAAGUGUGCAUUGGAUAGGGGAACAGCAGGCAGGGCUCUGGGUGACGCAUGCCUCUGGUCUAAUAAACUGGGUUUCAACCAUC